AUGGUGAAGAUGGUUCAAUUCGUGCUGAGUGGAUUGUUAAUAGUGAUCGUCGGUCAUUCCGUCGAUGGCCAUUCGAUCGAUGAGAACGGGAAUGGUCAAGAAUCGUCCGCUGCUAGUGUCGAUGGUUUAAAGUAUUUUGGAACCGCGAUCGAAAGUGAUUGGCCCUACUUUGAAGUGGUGGAUCUUCUGGUGCAACCCCUACAUUCGGAUGAAGCUGGCAGCAUAAAGGGGUUAAAUCUGAGCUUCAAGUUCCGAGAAACUCCGAUCGCGUUACAGCUCAAACCGAACCGAGUGCUCACCACACGAGAAACAGUAUUCAAGACGAUCCAAGAUCGCACAUCGAAAGUGCUAAACGAUGUUGGUGGUGACAGUGAGCAUUUCGUGCAUAAUGAUGGCAAUAUCACCGCAGCAGUGUCACGGAAUGGUGUCGAUCGAUAUACCGGGAUAAUUUUUCACUCCUUGGGUGAUCUUGAGAUCAUUCCUUUGGAUGACGACGAAGUAAACCCUACGACGGCAUCCUUUCGUCGACCUUAUCUUAUCAAAACGCUGCAACUGAACACUCCCCCCGACGUAUCAUAUGAGCUCAUUCGCCGACGAGCACAAUCUACGAUUCACCUACUGGGUGACACUCUAGGCCAGAGAAACUAUACCUCAAACGAGCUGGUCGAGAUCGAUAUCAAAGAUGGUCGUAACAGAACAGCUUCAUCGCGUCGGCCAACCAAACCAACCGUAGAGUUGGCUGUGUUCUUUGAUGAGGCGGCUUAUCGAACCUUUUCACCAUACUUUAAACACAACGAUGACGCCUUAAAGGAGUUCCUGCUUGCGUAUAUCAAUGGAAUCCAGGCACUCUACAAGCAUCCAUCGUUAGGAGCUGGCGUCGAUAUCGUUCUAGUUUAUCUGGAAAUCAUGCGCACCCAACCAUCGGCAAUGCCACACUAUAAUGGCGAGCGCAACUUGUUGCUGAAUUCCUUUUGUUCCUAUCAAACAGCGCUCAACCAGGGCCGAUGGGACAUGGCCCUGUAUCUCUCUGGAUUGGACUUUUAUGCCAUCGAAAAUGGACGCCGAAACGGAGUCACCAUGGGAUUGGCGACAGUUGGUGGCGUAUGUUUGAGUGAAUAUGCGUGCGUGAUAGCGGAGUUUGGUACGAGAAACGUUUUCGGAAAACCCUAUCCAUCGUCGGGAUUUACUUCCGUCUUUAUAGCGGCUCACGAGAUUGGACAUAAUUUAGGAAUGCAUCACGAUUCGGUAGGGAAUGGAUGCCCGAAGGAUGGUUUUGUGAUGUCACCGUCGAGAGGAACGCAGGGUGAAACCACGUGGUCCAGCUGCAGUGCCGAUGCAAUCGCACAGUUAAAUUGGGCCGGUUGUCUAUUCGAAACGACAGCGAAAGAAGUUCCUGAGUAUAAUACAUCCAAAUACUAUGAUCACCCGGGUCAGGUUUGGACGGCUAAAAAGCAAUGUGAAGUACUGCUCACGGACACCGAUGCCAUUCUAGUUUCACCAGACAUACGGGAAAUUUGUCAGAAUAUUAGGUGCCGUACACCACAUCGAACGGGAUUUUACUUCGCUGGGCCAGCUUUGGAAGGUACCGAUUGUGGUGAUAGCAAGUGGUGUAAGGGUGGAGUUUGCAUUAAACAGAAGAAAAAGCCAACGAACGCUGUGCCUGGCGGGUGGAGUGAAUGGAGUGACGAAGAUUGCGUAUCGGGAUGUCUGGAGCAAUCGAAAGGCUUCCGACGUCGGACACGGCGAUGCGAUAAUCCUGUGCCAGUCAAUACUGAUCAAGGUUGUGAGGGAGUUGCACUCGACAUUGCAGUUUGCGAAGAUCAAGCAUUGUGCGGCACCAAUCGAGAACCGGUUCCAUUUUAUGCUAGUAGACGGUGCCGCGAGUUCAGCAAACUCUUGCCCCGGCUGGAUCCGAAUGGCCGUGGCAUACAGGGACCAUACGACUCGAAGCGGCUCUGGAUGAGCUGCGCAAUCUACUGCAAGCGAGCCGACAGCGACGCUUAUUAUGCUCCACGAUUCGAUCUGAACGAUCUGGGAGUCGAUUCGUACUUUCCCGACGGAACAUUGUGUCAUCAGGAAGCGGGAACAAACUAUUUCUGCCAACAGCAUCAUUGCCUGCCAGAGAACUUCAAGACGUCCAAAAUAUCCAUCUGGUCUAUCACGGAGGACAUCCCGAUUCCCGGGAACGCGCUUCCCAUGAGUUCCCACUUUUUCGACAGAGCCGUAAUUAACUACCUGUCAUUGGAUAAGAAUACAACUCCACUCACCACUUCUUGGGGUAUCAAACCGGAACAGGUCCCGAAGGACGACCAAUGGGUUGAUCAGGAUUACCUCGACUUGACGGCAUUCUAGAGUGCAUACCGUGACUCGAUAUCUUGUGAUAAAGCGGAGAAAUAAGCCGUCCAUCCAUAGUAUGUAGCAAACCGGAAUUAUAUCUGUUAAGUCUAUUUAUUAUUAGCUG